GGUUGACUCAUUUAAUUAGGGAAUUACAUAGAAGGAGAAAAUGGAAAAUAUCACCAAAACAUUCCAGUAUGGAGGAGUAGAUUGGAUUUGCGAGGCAUGGCUUGGUGCAGGCUCCAUGGGAAUUGGCCGGGGAGAGAACCCGAUCAAGUUUACUCUUCCUCUUCUUCUCCUUCAGAUAUCUGUCUUUACCUUAAUUUCAGUCUUUUUUCAGUUUCUUCUCAGGCCUUUCGGAAAAUUCGUAUUCCUCACUCAGAACCUGGCUGGGAUCUGCCUAGGACCGUCGGUUAUAGGACGUAACAAACAGUACAUGUCGACAUUUUUCUACAAGAGAAGCGUGUUCAUUAUCGAAUCUUUGGAGGCCUUAUGUUUUCUCUUCGUUUGCUACAUCACGACAUGUCAAGUAGAUACUAGGAUGAUAAAGAGAGUAGGCAAGUUAGCAUUCAUCAACGGCAUCUUACUUUUCCUCAUACCUUUCGUAUGUGGCCAAUUCGCGGCCAUCUUCAUCUCCAAGAGGCUCGGAGGCGCGCCAGAUGGGAUCCCUCCCGCGGAGUUCCACCACGUGGCGAUCGUCGAAUCCACAAUGUAUUUUCAGGUGGUUUACGGAGUCUUGUCGAGCCUAAAGAUGUUGAACACUGAGCCAGGGAGGUUAGCACUUGCCUCCAUGAUGGUGCAUGACUGCCUCGCCUGGUGUUUUUUCAUGCUUAACAUCGCCAUUAAACUUAACGUUGACUUAAAAGACAAAAACCGAGCUCUCCUCUUGUCCCUCUCACAGGAGAUAAGUCCCUUCAUCGUGCCUAGCCGAAGGGACCAGAUCGUUAAGGCCUUCCACAACUACGAGAAUACUAAUAUGGAGACCGUGUUGAUAGAGUGCUUCACUGCAGUGGCGCCGCGAAAGACCAUGCACGAGGACGUGUGUGCCAUUGCCUUUGACCAGGAAACAGAUCUUGUAAUCUUUACUCUUGAUGCCGGGAUCGAGUCGUGGGAGAGGCUCCUUUGUCGGAAUCUGUUGCAAAACUGUCCAUGCUCCGUUGCGCUUUUCAUAGACCGAGGAAGGCUCCCAGACUUCAGAUUCGUCCCACUGAAAAAACUUAGCAUCAAUAUAUGUGCCAUCUUUUUAGGUGGACCGGAUGACCGCGAAAUGCUUGCGUAUGCUACACGCUUAGCAAGCCAUCCCAGCGUCGAGCUCCAUGUCUUCCGGCUCGUGGACAAGAACGGCGCCUCUCCGCUCAGAGACAUGGUCGAGAGAAAGCAUGACAUGAGAGUCAUCAACGUCUUCCGCAAAGAGAAUUCCGAAAAAAACAUCGUCUUCAGAGAGAUAAGAAUAGAGGAAGCGGUGGAUCUACUGGGGUUGCUAAGGAAGGAAGGAGACGACUUUGAUCUGAUGAUGGUCGGGAUAAGACACGAAGAGAAUCUAUUGAUGUUGGAAGGGUUGUCAGAAUGGAGCGAUAUGAAGGAGUUGGGAGAGGUUGGAGAUUUGUUGGUCUCCAAAGAUCUCGAGCUCUCUGUUUCGGUUCUCGCGGUCCAGCAAUGAGGGGGGGCGAUUACGGUUUAGUUAUCUAGUUUCAAAUUUGUAUGGAUUUGUACAAAUUAAAGCCUUUU